GGUCACCUCGGCGUGAGGUUCAAUUGCGGCGAGAGUGAUUAUUUUUGUCCCUCGACUGCCAGGGAAUUUUUGGGGCGAUUUGCGCAUUGAGUGCAAGAAAAGUGCACUUUUACUCGCCUAUUUGACUGAUUAACUCUUUUUAAAAUUGAAACCUUUUUCUCCCGACUGAAUCAAAGGUUCUUUCAGCGUGUGCUUAUUUUACAGUUCGUUGGCUGGUUGUGGCUCAUUAUCCGCCGUCGACUAGGGAAAGCAACAGGCCGAGACGAAAGAAUGGACUACGAGUACCGCGUCCUGGUCAUCUGCACGGGCAGCGUAGCCUCCCUUAAGGUGCCCCUGUUGUGCCAGCAGCUCCUGGCGCAUGAAAUCUUGGUUAGGGUGGUGGCCACAGACUCUGCGGCCAAUUUCCUCGAGUGCGAGACCGAAAUGCCAGAGGACGUCCGACUGUUUCGGGACAAGGACGAAUGGGCGACUUGGAACAAGAGGGGGGACCCUGUUCUGCACAUUGACCUCAUGAAAUGGGCCGAUAUGAUGGUCAUCGCUCCCGCCAGCGCAAACAGCCUUGCUAAACUUGCCAAUGGCCUCUGUGAUAACCUUGCGACCUGCGUGGCCCGCGCGUGGCCGGUGGGAAAAAAGCCGGCCAUCUUCGCGCCCGCGAUGAACACAAACAUGUGGAAUCACCCGAUCACAAAAAAACAGGUGGAGACCCUGAAGAGUUGGGGCUACACGGAAAUUCCCCCUGUUGCCAAGCAGCUCAUGUGCGGCGAUAAGGGAGAGGGUGCCAUGGCCGAAGUAGACACUAUCAUCGAGAAAAUCGUUGCGCACAAAAUAGAGAGAAUCAUGAGCGAGUACUACCACUGAUUUUAUUUGCCAAGCUAACACCAUUAACUCCCUCAUCCCCGGUUUUAUUUUCGUUUGUGCAUGCCCUGAUUUUGAGUAUUGACUAAUCCUUAAAAUUACUGGGUCCAAAUCAUUCGUUUUUCAAGGGAACCUAGUCGCCAAUACACCGAUUAAGACUUAAAAUGAAUCCUGUGAUAAAGUUUUGCCUGUUCCGUGGUUUUCCAUCGUUUUCUGUUUGUAAAAUAAAGUCGUCACUUGCGA